AUGCACCUCGACGCACUGUGGCUCGCCAAGGCCGCGUACGCGACCUUCAAUUUUGGCUUCGGUGCGAUCCUCAUCUUCCUGCCCGUCUACUUCAACGCCUACUUUGACAAAUUCCAAAUCGGUGUUCUCCAGACACUACCUUGCAUUUGCUCGAUGCUCGCACCGCCGCUGUGGGGUGCCAUUUCCGACGCGCUAGAGCACCCCAGGGUCGUCCACGUCGUCUGCUACGUCUCGGGCUCCCUCCUCAUGUUUGGCGUCCAAAAUGUUUCGGACAGCUUUGCUUGGACAUGCGUACUCUUCUUUUUGGCUCAAUUUCAGUCCAAGCCCGCGUGGACGCUCUUGGACCAAGCGGUGCUGGCCCUUGUGGCGCAGCUCGGGGCCGAGUACGGCAAGCAGCGCCUGUAUGGCUCCAUCGGGUACGGCCUCGGCGCGUACGCCACGGGUCUCGUUGUCACCAACUAUGGUAUUGGCUGGGCCUUCACCAUAAGUCUUGGAUGCUGCGUUCCUGGGCUGGCGUUGUUGUACAUGCUGCCGUCCCCACCACCGCGGGUGUCGUCGGCGACUUCGUUCGCCGUGGGUGUGCGCGCGCUCCGGCGCCGCUACGAUCUUAUGGCGCUUCUGAGCUUCGUCGUUGUCACCGGCGCCAUGGGUGGGAUCAUAUCAGCGUUCCUUGCGCUCGACCUCUAUGAACUUAGCGAUGGGUCGGCGCACAUUGUCGGUCUCGCGACCGUCUGUGAAACCCUCUCGGAGCUUCCAGCUUUUUACUACGCCGACAAGCUCAUCUAUCGGCUCGGAACCGUCAACGUGUUGGCGAUGGCACUCCUUGCGUACGGCGCACGGUUAGCAUACUACGCGCUGAUGACGAACGCGUGGUAUGCGCUGCCGUUCGAGCUCCUCCACGGCUGCACGUAUGGCCUCGCGUGGGCUGCAAGCACGAAAUACGUAUACGCAGAGGCGCCAGCAGGCACGGAAGGUUUUGUACUGGGGCUUCUUAGCGCUGUUCAAGGCGGUGUCGGCCGCAGCCUCGCGACCUUAGUGGGCGGUCAUGUCUACAACGCGUACGGUGCGCGCUACUUGUGGGGCAUGACGAGCGCCGGCGUUCCCGUGGCCUUUCUUGCGCUGUGGCUCUUUUCCAAAGCAACCACCAUGAGGGAAGGGAUUUGCGAAACGAGCCCGCUCAUGGAGCGCAGUGCCUAGUGCUG